AUGAAGCUGAUCCAGGACGAGGAGGACAGCGGCAGCAACGCUGCAGUCUUUGCGGCUUUAUGGCGGAGAAGGCGCAAGACGUGGGAGAGCACUUAUCUGGUGGGUAGCUGCUUGCCAAAAGACAUUUCCUUUCCUUCCGCAGCAGCUGCAAAGCUGGCCAAGCAACCCUGGGUUCUGGGGACUACAACCGGCUGCGGCUGCCUCCCACGCAGCAAAGCAGGUCUCUCUAGCGACUGGGCCCGUGGAACUGCAGGCGUUGUCAAAGGCUUUCGCGCCUGGUUCUUGCACAAACACCAGGAAUCGCACAACCACGUGAACGCGGUCAAGCAAAUGCUCUGCAUCGGCGACGGCGGCGGCGCUGGCGAGGCGAUGGCGCUGUCAGAGUUUGAGGCCUUGCUGAAGAAUCUGCAGGGCGGACGCUCGCAACGAGGCUGUUCAAGCUUUGAAGGGCAAUGCUCUGACAAGACUUCGCUGAUGACGUGGUGCCUGCACGAGGCAAUCACGCAAGCGGACCGGGAUUUCCUCAAGACUUGCGAGACCGUCAGCUUGACAAGAGAUGGAAGGCGCCAGCGGUUGCUAAUCCGGUUUGGAGGCUGCAACGCUCAGGGGACACGAAAGGUGCUGCGUGACUUCUGCACGAAGUUCCAUGAGCCUCCCAGAUCCUACGCUGGACCCCCGCCAGAAUUCGACGAGAACCUCUACGACAUGCUGCGGCAACGCAUCGAAAUCAUCUUGACGGACGCUGCUUCUAAUGAGAUUGGGGCAUCCAACGUGAACCGCGGGCGCCGAGACCCUCGCAUCGAGGCGGACGACGCUGACAUCUUGCUGCCAGGUUUGAAGCUGGUCGCGCGUGACCACGCCCACGCUUUCCGCCGUGUGCUGAAGCGACCUUUCCAUUGCAGCAGUUACUUGGGCACCCUGAUGGCGGAGCAUGUUUUGGGAAAGAAGUCGAUUGUGCAAGUGAUCGACAGGUCCUUUGUCUUCGGGCAAUGGUUUCAGGAGGAGGUUGAGAAGCAUCACGGGACCAUCAGCAACUUGAAAUCAGCGAAACACCGCUUCGAGUCGCACACGACCCCGCUGUGCCGACUGAUUAGCAACCUUCCUGCCAUUAUGUCAGUUGCGCAACGGAUCAUCCAGCAUCGGCAAGACGCCGUAGGCAAACAUGUGAAACAAUGGCUGGAUGAUUUCAGCAGCGAAGCGGUCCUUGCCCUGGCAAUGGUAGCAGACGCUUCAGACGAAUCGCUGCUUCUGAUUCGCCAAGUGGACGACGAAGCGGUGGACAGCUCAGAGCUUGGGAACUACGUGCAGGGCUUCGCGGACCGCAUUCAAGCCCUUUUUGCUCAGCGGCAGGCGCUGACAACAGUUGGAUACACCAAGUUUGCCAUGGACAUGCUGUCCAAAGGCGAACUUGCGUUUUUCUCUUGUGGGCAGGCUCGGCGGCUGCAGCCUUGCGACGGGGACACGGUGGAAAGAUGCCUGGAUCGCAUGGUCGCUUGGUCCCGCUUAGCCUUGGAAGUUCUUCAAACUGAGUUUCCACACUACUCCGUCUUCAGCGCCUUCGGGGUGUUUUCCUUGAAGUCUGUGACCAAGCAGCAAACCGCUUUCCAGAGCGCCGGGGAUGACAGCUGCAACAGGUUGGCCAAGUUCUUCAAUGUCAGCCCUGGCGGCUUCCAGGAGCAGCUGCAGCGUUUGAGGCCCUUGGCUGAGAAGCGCUACAGGGAGACCAACACGACGUGCAAGGAUGCGUGGAUGCACACAAUGGCAGCGACGCAGCGGCGGCAGUCAUUGAAGGAGUCCUAUCCAGCAGAUGACCUGGCCAUCGUCGUGCGCCGGUAUCUGGCUUGGCAAGCAUCGUCCAGCGGCCUGGAGCAGAACUUUGCAAAGGGCGAGCGGAACAACGCCACUGGCCAUUCCCAAGCAUCCGCGUCGUACGAUGCAAGGGCCAUGAAAAUAUUGUUGGCGCCACUAAGCCCCCCGGAUUUCAAGGUCAUUGUCACGAACGCGGCGGAACUCUAUGCAACUUGCCGCUCCGGCGCAAGCCGCAAGCGGACGCAGGAGCGGAUUGACAAGAAUGUGAAGCGCGCCAAGCAGGAGGGGACAGAAGCAGCGUUUAUCAGAUCCAGGCGGGACAGUGUUGCAAACGCAACAUCCUCUUUGAACAUGGCCGACCUGGCCUUCGACAUGGACGAGCACCCGGCCACAAAUGACAAAGUGUCUGAGUACUGGACUGAGAGUUACGAGGUUGAGUACCAGUUCCAAAAGUCAAAGCAAACACAUUACAAGGUGGACGGCGUCCUGGACGGCCUCAUUGAUCAAAAUGCAGUGGACCAAGAAACUAUGGAGACAGCAGCCAAAGCUGAGCGCGACGCGGACAAGGGGCAUAUCAGAGACAGGCUCUCCAAGGACGCUUUGCAGAUGCGGCUUAACGGCUCCAUGGAUUGGGAAAAGAUUCAAGGCAGCAAGGCUUGGCUGGACCCCGCCAUCUCUGUUGCAGACUUGCAAGUGGCAAUGAGCGCCCGAAAUUUGGUCAAAACCACGGAGCGAUUGGAGGCAGACAUUUUCAUUGUCAACGACGCUGGCAAUUUGCCGGAGAGGGUGAAAUUGAUGGCUGCCUUGCUUGGUCGGCAGAUCAUGGAUGUCUGUCUCCUGGAAGGCAAGAAAGGGAUCCUUCUGAAGUUUCAGCCUGCCUCGCAGACGCGGCGUCAGAAGGUCUUCUUUUCCACAAAGUUCCGUGAGAGCCACGCCCAAUUCCUGAAGCCGAUCAAGGACAUUGUGAACCGUCCCGGAAGUAAAUGGAAGCUCGCAGCCGUUCGGGCAGACGCAACCAUGAUCUUGGCAACCUCGGCUGAAGUUGGACGAGCUGCUGUUCUCAGUGGAAAUUCGCAGGGUUAUCUCAGCAAGGCGAGUUUUCUGGAAAACAUUUCCAGGCUUGACUUGCGCGCUUCGGGUUUUUACACGCCAUAG